UACGUGUUCACUGAAUGUUUUGUUGUUUUAGUCAAACCAAUUCUUUAAAACAAACAUUUACGAAGUUACGUGAUUGCUGGAGAUAUACAGUACAAGUUCGACGUGUACCCAACAGAAUGUUUACCCGGAUUUAUACAGAGACAUAUGACUCAAUGGCGAGUGAAGCUGAUGAUAUUGCUCAGUUUACGGCUACAGUAAUAGCCGUUGCUACCACCAUCGGCGUUGCGAUAACAUUUCUGAGCAUUGUAUUAUUGGUGUAUUUCAGGAUGAGAGAAAACGGAGGAAAAAGAGCAGUCAAAGAGGAUGACAGCUACACUAGAAUUGACAGUGAUAACCUGACUGAAGCUACUUCGGCGAGAUCGAAUUACAACCAAUUGGCUGACACAAGAGACAUUCAUACAUAUGUCGAGCUGAACUAGAAUUAUUUUGUGGUACACUGAAUCUGUAUUUCUGCAAAAGCAAGGAAGUUAUCAAUAAGAAGAAUGGAGGCCACAACUUGAUUAAACCUUCGAUAUUUUCCAUUACUUUUUGCGACAAAGAUUAUACUUUUAUGGAGUAUACAUAACACUGCGCAAACAUGAGUUUUCUUGUAUGUAGUUGUAAAACGAUGCUGUUGUAAAAAGGCAAUUAUGAUCAAACAAACGGGAAAUAUUUUAUUUUAUAAAGUAACUGCACUCAGUACGAAGUACAACUAGGCAUUAGAAACAUCGCUCAUGAAAAGCUUAAGGACUGCCGUGAUAUGACAUAAACACUGUUGGACACAGCAAAAGAAAAAUCCAGCAAACACCUAUAGAUCCAUGCAUAACAUUAAUAGUAAAAUCGUAACAAGCCGAACAACAGAAUGGACGAAAAAUACAAUAAAUUAUAAAUGACAAAGUAUGAAGAUAUAGCAGGUCCUUCCAUCUUAAGUCAGCGGGUAGACGCUCAGGGUCGCAGUUCAGACGAUUGUAUGCAACUCUGCCGAAAACGUAAUGAGGGUAUAAAGGGUUAAUAUAACGUUUACGCCGCGUUAGUCAAGACACACCUUCCUCCCAUCAUAAACUAACAAUAACAAAUAGACCGAUGAUUUAUAAGUUCCUUAAUUGUUUAAAUAUUUUUUCUAAAACUACGGUCAAUGCGAUAGGUUCAAGUAACACAACGCAGGUUAAUGGUAUUCGCUUAUUUUUUGUUUGUGCCUGACCCAUGCACGCAGUGUAAAGAAACGGCUAUCCAGAAUAGGCAGGCAUUGGACACGUUCUCGCUGAGGCUAUUUAAUUAGUGUCAUCUUCUUACACGCAAUAACUAAAAUAUUGAAAUAUUUUACCACCAAAGUCAGAUUAUACAAUUCCGAUAGCAAAUCGUAUGUUAUUAUGCCGUUUCUAAAUAUUUAGUUCAAUGCGACCAAUACGGGACGCCCCUACAUUACAUAACAACACCCUCCCCGUCUUUACGAAUAUGGAUAGCCUGCAUAUAAACAACGAAAAUAUCAAUCGAAUCUCAGACAAUACGAAAUAGUAUAAUGUAUAAAUAAUUCACACAGCUUCGUUUCGAUAUUAAUGUAUUAUAAUUACUCAUAAAUAAUUGACAAAAAGAGCCUAGUACAUGCGCAGUACAUUGAUUGAUCCCAUCAUCAGACGUGCAUUGUCGAAAUAAACCCCUGUGGAAUAAAUUUCCCUCUAUUUCGGCAGUGCUGAAGUAGAGCUGUCCGGCGCGGCGGACUGUUAUGUGAGGAGGAUGGUCAUAUUACUCGGAAUCAACUAUUAAGUAAUCAGUUUUAGUAAAAUCGAAUCAGAUUAAACAAAACAAACAAUUUGAUACCAAGAUGUAAUAUAUUUGAAACACAAAAUGCAACACAAACAGCAAAAAAACAACAUUGUUUACAAAUAUUAAGUGCGCAUCCUCAUGACGUCAUUAUUAAGAGGGACUACUUUUUGUAUCACGGUUCAGUAGUUAGCAAUUGUUUACCUUGUGUAUGACUGUUCUUGUCAAUGAAUGGCUAAAAAUCAACA